AAAAUUUUUAUCAAAUUUUAAUUUGUGGGGUUAUGGCCCAGAAUAAAAAGAGCAUCCUAGUGAAGAUAUAUUAGGAACAUAUUAGAGAGUCGAAUCCAGGGGAGGGGAGGAGACCACUCGGUACAACCGAAAUAUCAGUCUCAACUGAGCCAUUCUUAAAGACACCAAAUUAGAAUUGAUACAUUCAUAAAAGAGAAAAAACAUUAAACAUUAAUAAGCCAAAAAAUCAAUAGAAAGAUUACAACCGAUUUAUCAUCAAAUAUAAAGGAAGUUAUAAGAUUUCACAGAUACAUAUAUUUGGAAGAUUAACUGACGAAAAAUGCGUAUGUAUUUUGUUAAGAAUUGAAGAAAAAACACAAAUAAUAAAUUCGAAAAGGAACUUAUGAAGUCUUAAAAUAAACACGAAGAAAUGAUAUGUUAUUUUUCGCCCAAUAACUUCUGAAAAAGAAUAAAAAGUUAGUAUUCUGUCAAAAACGAUGUUUCAGUAUCAUUCAAGCUUCAACUUUUUUUACAUUAAUGGUAGUGAAAGUUUUGAAUAUUUGA